CCCUCCUGCCGUAUUUACAGCGCUCUAAAACACAUAGAAUUUUGCCACUUGUAUGCAUCACUUUUGUUGGCAAAAAAAAAUCCUUUAUUUUCUAGAGCUACUACAAGGGCUUCUCUUUCUCCCCCUUUUGUUCUUUUAUCUAUUUUUAAGGAGGGGGCAGCAGAAGUUCAUCUCAUUGUUUGACUUCACACCUUUUUGGGCAUUUUCUAGCGGUCAUUGAGAAGAGAGAAUCCUAGGAAUGCUGAAAGAUGUGUUUUAGUGUCUGGAAUGCUAAAACUGAUCGUCUUAGACUUUGAGCUUAAUAGAGUUGCCGUUUCUCAUUCUUGAGAAGAUUGAGCCAGGGUACUGCGAUCGCAGCAUCGUUGUUUGUGCCAACACGCAAAGUGCAUGGAGUAACUGUUCAUUGCCUGCUGCAUUAAAAAAAAAAAAAAAAUUGUGCGUGGAUGGUUGAGUGAUACUAUUUAUCAAAGUUCUGCAAAUAAGUAUUACCAGGUUUGAUAGUUUUUUUUAUGGCGAAAAAAGAAAGCAUACUGAUGGAGCGCUAUGAAUUGGGGAGAUUAUUAGGUCAAGGCACAUUUGCGAAAGUUUUCUAUGCUAGGAAUAUCAAGACUGGGCAGGGUGUCGCCAUCAAAGUCAUAGACAAGGAAAAAGUUCUCAGGGUCGGGCUCAUGAAUCAGAUCAAACGGGAAAUAUCUGUUAUGAGACUAGUCAGACAUCCAAAUAUCGUGCAUCUUUAUGAAGUCAUGGCGACAAAAACCAAGAUUUAUUUCGUCAUGGAAUAUGCUAAAGGAGGUGAACUCUUUAACAAGGUAGCUAGGGGAAAGCUAAAAGAGGACAUCGCACGAAAAUAUUUUCAACAGUUGAUAAAUGCUGUCGAUUUCUGCCAUAGUAGGGGUGUCUAUCACCGGGAUUUGAAACCCGAAAACUUACUCUUAGACGAAAACGAAAACUUAAAAAUAUCGGAUUUCGGUUUAAGUGCUCUGGUUGAGUCGAAGCACCAAGACGGACUCCUCCACACGACGUGUGGGACCCCGGCUUAUGUCGCUCCGGAGGUGAUCAACAGGAAAGGGUACGACGGGGCUAAGGCCGAUAUUUGGUCAUGUGGGGUCGUGUUAUUCGUUCUGUUGGCCGGUUAUCUUCCGUUUGAACACGAGAAUUUGAUGGAGAUGUAUCGGAAGAUUGGCAAAGCGGAAUUCAAAUGUCCAAGUUGGUUUCCGCCUGAAGCCCGACGACUACUUUGGAGAAUGUUGGAUCCGAAUCCGAGUACGAGAAUUUCACUUGCAAAAAUUAGAGGAAGUUCUUGGUUCAAGAAGGGAAUUUCGGUUUCCUCUAAAUCUACUGUAGUAGACGAAGUAAGUAGUACGGAGGAACCUUGUUUAAAGAAAGAUGAGGUGGCGGCUUGGAUUCCGAAGUUGAAUGCAUUUGAUAUCAUUUCCCUUUAUGCUAAGUUUGAUUUAUCCAAAUUAUUUGAGGAACCUUGUUUAAAGAAAGAAGCUAAAUUCACGUCGUGGAAACCUGCGUCAGUGAUCAUAUCAAAGCUGGAAAAUAUUGCUAAACGUCUUAAGUUGAAAGUUAGCAAAAGGGGCGAAGGAUUAUUGAGGUUUGAGGGUACGAAGGAAGGAAGAAAGGGGAUUUUAUGUAUUGACGUGGAGAUCUUCGAGGUCGUUGAAGCUUUUCAUUUGGUGGAAGUGAAAAAAUCAAACGGGGAUACAAUGGAGUAUCAGCAGAUAUUGAACCAGGGCCUAAGACCAGGUCUUCAAGAUAUUGUUUGGACUUGGCAAGACGAUCAGCAACCUGAGCAGUCAGAAGAACAGUUAAAUGAGCAGCCAAAUAGUCAACUACAGCAGCAAAAAAAUUUAGAUAACCAGCAACAACCUCUGGAGCAGCAACAACAGCAACAACAACUGCUUCUCCAAAAACAUGUGAUUCAGCAAGAGCAGUUACCUUAAUUACCAUAUACUGCCUUGCUCACAUUUUGUCGUUUGUCAUUUGGAUAUUCCUGCAAAGAAAUUGUGACCAAAUUACCAAAGGCUGGCAGUGAAGUCCUCCCAUGGCGACAACCAUCGUGACUGAUAGUUCAUGUAUGUGAGAUUACAUGGUUUAACUAUUUAGCCAUGCACCGUGUCCAUAUCUGCUUGCUUACUUGCAUAUGUGAUUCACACUUAUAUGCGGUUUGGAGUUGAUAAGUCUGGAGUAAUCCAUGGCUUGAAUGGUCAGCGGUUAUAGUUCACAUUGAUAUAUGGUUUGAGCUGAUGAGUCGGUGUGAACCAUUAUUUGGAUGUUAGUGGUUAUGGAGUUAUGGACUUUGGUUAUUGCGCGUGGGUAGAUGCAGGGGCUGAGCUAGGUGGAUGCAAAGGGGGGUCCCGAUGAAUUCUUUUGUCGGAAAGUCAUACUGUGCUAAUAGGGUAAAAAUGAAUGUUUUGGAUAUAUAUAUUUAUGUGUGUAUAUAAAUUGUUGAAUCCUCUUUUCUAGUGACAAAGUUGAGUUCAAAUGUUGCUUUACCUCAGCAUUUUUGUUUGUUUGUUUGUUUUGAAGUUCGCUUGUUAGAAUUUCUGGUUCGGCCACUGUCUAGAUAUACAUUUUGUUGUUCAGGCUCCCUAAUCAGGGUGUUGUUUGUACGGUAUAUCUCUCUCAAGUGUAAAUGCUUUCUAUUAUACUCUGUGUCCUCUCAUAAAUGUCAGUGUGUGCUUGAAUCA